AUGGUGCAAGCGCCGAUGAUAUCCUGUCCGCUGAAGACAACAUCAGAGGUCAGCUGGAUCGAACCACUCUCUCAAUAUAUACGCACGAGCUAUGGAGACGACCCGAGCAAAUAUGUUGAAGAGAUUGGAACUCUGAACAGAUUACGGCAAGACAUGAGAGGGGCCGGCGCCGACUCGGCAUCUGGAAGGGACUUGCUUUAUAGAUACUAUGGGCAACUCGAACUUCUGGACCUCCGGUUCCCCAUCGACGAGGCACACAUCAAGAUCUCUUUUCAGUGGUUUGACGCUUUCACGCGCGCCUCCACAUCGCAGUACUCGCUGGCCUUCGAGAAGGCCUCUGUCAUAUUCAACAUAGCCGCUGUUUUGUCCUGCCAUGCGGCCGCCCAGAAUCGUUCAGAGGACAAGGACCUCAAGACAGCGUAUCACUCCUUCCAAGCAUCUGCGGGCAUGUUUACUUACAUCAACGAAAAUUUCCUCCAUGCGCCUUCCACUGAUUUGAAUCGGGAGACCAUUAAAACCCUCAUCAAUAUUGUUUUAGGCCAAGCGCAGGAGGUGUUCAUGGAAAAACAGGUUCGGGACGGAAAGAAGCCAGCACUACUGGCCAAACUCGCUGCGCAAGCGCAGUUCCUCUACAGCCAGGCAAAAGAGGGCCUCGAAUCCGACCAUGCGCGAGGGGUGUUCGAGUCUUCCUGGUUGAAGCUGGUUCAGAUCAAAGCACUACACUUUUCUUCGCUAGCAGAGUACUAUCAGGCAUUAGCUGAGGAGGAGACCAAUCAGCAAGGACCUGCGGUCGCGCGAUUACAGCUGGCGGAGAAGUCAAGCAAGCAGGCCUACUCACUUGCAAAGGCCUUUCCAUCAUCGCCGUCCUCUGCUUCAAAUCUCGGGUCCGACACCGCCCCAACCAUACAGUCAAUUACCCGAAGGCAGAUGGAGAGUGUACAAGAGAAGUUGGCAUCUUCAGUCAAAGACAACGACUUCAUAUAUCAUCAGACGGUGCCGGCAGAAGCGUCUUUGUCCCCUGUGACAAAAGUUCCAGCGGCCAAAGCCAUCCCCCUCUCCGAGUUAUAUCAGGGACAAGAUAUUCAAAGGAUCAUCGGGCCGGACAUUUUCCAGAAAAUCGUACCCAUGUCAGUCACAGAAUCGGCCAGCAUGUACGACGAAGAGAAGGCGAAAUUGAUCCGAUCCGAAGCGGAGAAAGUUGAACAAGCAAAUGGAGAGAUGGCAGCGAGUCUCGAUUACCUCAAGCUUCCCAAUAGUCUCAAUGUUUUGAAAGGCGGACUGGAACAGGAAAUGGGCGUAGAUAGGGAGUUUGAACAAUGGUGUCAAGAACUGGCGAACCACCAGCCUUUUACCGCGGCCUUUGAACAGCUCCAAAAAGACAAGCUGACCGUUUUGGAAAGUUUGGCUAAGAGCACCAAACAACUUGACAUGGAGGAGAGUGUCUGCGAAAAGAUGAGAUCCAAGUACGGAGCAGAUUGGACUCAACAACCGAGUUCCAGGUUGACGUCAACGUUGAGAGCCGAUAUUAAGAGCUAUCGCGACACAGUGGACGAGGCUGGCAACAGUGACGCGCAGCUGUUUUCGACAGCUCGGCAGUACGAAAGUGAUUUUGAAGAGAUGCGGAAUGCAGCUGAACAAGGCGAGGCAGAUGUUCUCUAUCAACAAGCAUUAAUCAAGGCUGGGUCUGGAGCGAAGAACAGAAGCAGAGACGCAGAUGAAGGCACUCUCCUGGAUGAAGAUUAUGGGGAGGGCGGCUUGUCAGUUGCAGACCAGAUCGCCAAAGUCGAAGAUCUUCUGAGGAAACUCAAUCUCGUGAAACGCGAGCGAAUGCAAGUUCUGAAAGAUCUGAAGGAGAAAGUUCACACUGACGAUAUAUCAAAUGUGCUCAUCCUGAACAAGAAGGCUAUUGCAACCCAAGAAAAUCAGUUGUUCCAGGCUGAGCUCGAGAAAUUCCGGUCUCACCAGAAUCGGCUCACCUCGACCGUCCACAAGCAAUCUUCGUUACUGAAAGAAUUGACGAAGACAUAUGGCGAUUUGCUGCAAGACAAACGAGUUCGUUCAGACCAGCAGAGGUACGACGCCGUGCAGAAGAGCAAGAACAAUGUCAUGAACAAAUAUCGGAGAAUAUUCAACGCGCACGAGGAUCUGAUACAGGGGCUUAUACGUGCACAAGGCUUCUAUAGUGAAAUGAAGGAAAGCGUUGACAGUCUGGAGAAGAACGUUGAUUCCUUUGUGAGCAACCGGAGAGCAGAGGGAGCGCAACUACUUCACCAGAUUGAGCAGACCAAAAACAGUUCGGCCGAUGGCCAAGCUGCUGCCGAGCAAAGACGAAUGCAGGAAUUGAUGAAUCGCUUGUCCAUGGAACCCAAGUCAGCGUCACCAAAAUCAGAGCCUCCAGCUCUGCCUCCUCUACCGCCGAUUAACCCAUCAAGAUCGCCCGCACCUCUUUCGCCAACACACCCCACUACAAACGCCGACCCACGCUUUACGAUUCCUCCCCGUCAUUCGCCCGCGCCAGUUAUACCCAACGGAUAUUCUAAUCAAUUUCAGCCUCCUCCGCAGCCAACACACCCGUCGCCCAUUGAUUCCCAGCAUGCCUUUGCUCAAGGAGCAGCAGCGCCUCUCUCUUCUGGAUAUAAUCCCAUGGCGUACCCUGAAAGGUCCGUCGCAUCGCCGAAUCAACAGCCAGCUUCUUAUGGCUUCUCGCCCAUCACCUCGCCUCCUCCCGGUUCAGUGAAUACAUACUUUCCACAAGCCGGUCAAGCUCAUCAGCCAUUGACGUUCGCUUCCCCAAGCCACCAGUAUCCGCAAUACCCCUUCCCUCCUCCUCAACCCGGCGCGCCUCUGCCAAAUGGCUCCUUUCAAAACCCAUCGCCACACCCACAAAUACCCCAGUCGCAACCACCCUACCAGCAACAUCAGCCUUAUCAGCCGUCUCCAUCUCCAUACAACAUGCCUCAGAAUUACGUGCCUCCGCCCCCGCCACCGGGCCCGCCUGGUGGAGGCUCAACAACACAGUACCCUCCGAACCCGUCCGGGGUCUGGGCGAGCGGACCAGGCGGCUAUGCGAACUAUACGCAUGGCAUCAGAUAUGGGCAGCAACCUCAGCAGCAAAGCCAAACUCAGACUCAGGGGCCGACACAGCAGGGGCAACUUGCUAGUGGUGGAGCCACAGCAGGACAGGAUCAGGAUCCUUGGGCAGGAUUGAAUGCAUGGAAGUAG